AAAAUCUCGUUUUCGUACCAGAUUUCAUAACCGUAUAGUUCCAAAGCAUAAGUCACCGUAAGUCGCCUCGAUAAAGAAAACUCGGUAAACAAUUCCCUCGCGAGUUAGCUCAGCCCGAAAACCAUUCGCACACGAGCGAAAUUUGUCUCUCGAGGCGAAUUUAUCACGAAACCAUCCGCAAACAAGAGACACAUGCAGAGCUAACUGCCUCGCGAGGUCUUUAGCUCAGCUAAUAGCUCUAAUAGGCUUUAUAGGCAACUAACAAAGAAAACUUUCAUAACUCAUACCAUACGUAUGUGUGUAUAUUAAAAUCAUGGAAGCUAUUUUAUAUGUAAAUAUAUAGCUGAGGUUGACCAUUGACCUGUGUGAUUUGUCGUCUUUACAUCACACACUUGUAUGUUUGCCAUGUUUGGCGGGUUUGAAUUGCCACAGUUGUUCAACUAAUUUCAGUUCAGUUGUCUUGGCAUCGCCCUUACGACUUCAUUACCUAUCAACACUUACAUCACAAACAUAACGAUAUUAUAACUGUACUCACGUAUGAGGAAGAUAUCUCCGAUUCCAUACAUGCAAGUCUGAUUGAUGGUGUUCACUUUUACAAAGGACUAUUAAACUGAGCUCACGGGUAAAGUGAAACUUGAGCACAAUGGCCACUGAACGAACACCGCUUUUGAGCAAUGUACCGGAGGAAAAUCGAUUUGUCGAAGUGAAUAUUCGGCCAUCAAGUGAUGAAAUUAUGAAGACGCCCUUAGUAACCAUCAAGCAACUGUUUCGUUUCGCUGACAAAACUGAUUUCAUUCUGCUAACCCUCGCUACGACUGGUUCAAUACUCUAUGGAAUAAUCACGCCUGCGCAGUUUAUAUUCUUUGGUAAAAUGGUGAACGACUUUGUUGAGUACAUAAUUCAUGAAAACUACGACGUCGACGCCUCUCAUCUUCCUGAUCUCGAGGCUUCUACCACAAGGACGGCAUUGUACUACGUAUUGCUGGCGAUAGGAAACUUGAUAUUUGCCUGGUUAGGAAUGGCUCUGUUCGCCAUUUCAGCCAAACGCCAGGUGCAUAAAAUGAGAUUGGCCCUGUUUAAAAGUGCUAUAUACCAGAAUAUUGGAUGGUUUGAGAUGUUUUCCGUUGGGGAUUUAAAUACACGAUUUACAGAAGAGAUGAAAAGAAUAUCUGACGGUAUGGGUACAAAAUUGAGUCGGAUUGUAUCAAGUGUUGUGUGCUUCGUUGCUGGUUAUACAAUUGGGUUUAUAUUCUCUUGGGAUUUGACUUUGAUACUACUGGCUACGUUUCCACUCUUGGUUCUUUGUGGAAUUUUUAUGACCAAGAUGACUGGUUUUUACACAAAUAAAGAAUUGAUUUCCAAUGAGAGAGCUGGAAAGAUUGUAGAACAAAGCGUUUCAUCAAUCAGAACAGUCGUUGCGUUUGGUGGAGAGCAUCGUCAAGUAAAACUAUACGACGAUAGUCUCGCGGAUACGUGUAAAUACGCAAUAAGAAAAGCUGUUAGUGUUGGAUGUGGAAUGGCAGCAUUUCAGAUAGUUCUCUUCGUUGAUUAUGCUGUGUCAAUAUGUGAUGAAAUUAUGAAGACGCCCUUAGUAACCAUCAAGCAACUGUUUCGUUUCGCUGACAAAACUGAUUUCAUUCUGCUAACCCUCGCUACGACUGGUUCAAUACUCUAUGGAAUAAUCACGCCUGCGCAGUUUAUAUUCUUUGGUAAAAUGGUGAACGACUUUGUUGAGUACAUAAUUCAUGAAAACUACGACGUCGACGCCUCUCAUCUUCCUGAUCUCGAGGCUUCUACCACAAGGACGGCAUUGUACUACGUAUUGCUGGCGAUAGGAAACUUGAUAUUUGCCUGGUUAGGAAUGGCUCUGUUCGCCAUUUCAGCCAAACGCCAGGUGCAUAAAAUGAGAUUGGCCCUGUUUAAAAGUGCUAUAUACCAGAAUAUUGGAUGGUUUGAGAUGUUUUCCGUUGGGGAUUUAAAUACACGAUUUACAGAAGAGAUGAAAAGAAUAUCUGACGGUAUGGGUACAAAAUUGAGUCGGAUUGUAUCAAGUGUUGUGUGCUUCGUUGCUGGUUAUACAAUUGGGUUUAUAUUCUCUUGGGAUUUGACUUUGAUACUACUGGCUACGUUUCCACUCUUGGUUCUUUGUGGAAUUUUUAUGACCAAGAUGACUGGUUUUACACAAAUAAAGAAUUGA